CCUGAGCGCCCAUGGAGGUUGGGGCUGCCUGCAGUGUGACCACUCGGUGCAGGAGACCCUGAGGCAGCUGCGCUUCGCCCUCAUCCCCAAGCGCUUCCAACCGGAGCAGCUGCGGGCACGUGCCCGGGCAGUGCUGCUGGGCAUGGAGGGGCCUUUCUUCCGGGACUACGCUCUGAACGCGUUUGUGGGGAAAGUGGGGACAGAUCACCUGGAACAUGUGGUGUCCUUUAUCAAGAACCAAACAAGCCACUUAAUGGUUAAUUCUCUAAGAGAUGGGCCUCUGCUGGAGGAGCUGGUGGCUAUCAGGGAGAGAGUGAUCAAGGAACUCAAGAAAGUUUUAAAAUCGUAUGAACUGAAAGCCUGCCAUCGCAAAACUUGCCGCUUGCUAAAAGAAGAAGUCUUAGACUGUUUACAUUGCCAGAAGGUCACUCCCAGGUGUAUCAAAAAAAAGUACUGUUUUGCUCUGCGGACUCAGGCCUGCUCCCGUCUCCUGGAGGCACAUGCCCAGGACCACGCAGUGGACAGGACCCUGAUGGCUGAGGACCAGGAAUCAGUGACCUUCAAGGAUGUGGCUGUGGACUUCACCCUGGAGGAGUGGGGCCAGCUGGGGCCUGGCCAGAGGGAGUUGUACCGGGACGUGAUGCUAGAGAACUACCAGAACCUUCUCUCACUGGGGGUGGGCCCUCUUGGGUCUAAACCUGAUGUGAUCUCCCGUCUGGAGCGAGGGGAGGAGCCCAGAAUGGAGAAGAAGGAAGCUCGGCAAGCUACCUGUCCAGCCUUGCACACCAGCUCUGCAGCUCCUUGGGAGUCACUUCUGAAAAAGAGUAUUUCUGAAGAGGCCACUUCCCCAGUGGAAAAAAGGGAGGGAGUUUUAAGGGAAGUGCUUGGAGAUGCCAGGCUGGGGGCGUCCUGGACCUGGAACUGUCAGUUGGAGGACCAGGGAGAGCAGGAGAGGCGUUUGAGGUGUAUGUUUGCUCCUCUCAAGGAAGCCACCUGUGGGGAGAGAGGCCUGGGCUGUCACGAGCUCGGGCGGAGCCUCAGGCAGACCUCCGCCUUCAUCAGGAAGCAAAGAGGGCCUGUGGGAGAGAGAACUCGGAAGAGGAACGGGCCAAGAAAGAGCCUGAAACGCCAAAGAAUGUUUGUAGAAAAGAAGCCACUUAACUGUGCAGAAUGCGGGAAAGCCUUCAUUUACCAUUCAGACUAUAUUCUGCACCAGAGGAUUCACACGGGAGAGAAACCCUACAAGUGUAAUGAUUGCGGGAAGGCGUUCAGCAACAGCUCAUAUUUCAUUCAGCACCACAUCAUUCACACGGGAGAGAAGCCCUAUGUGUGCAGCGAGUGUGGCAAGACCUUUACUCAGAGCUCAUCACUUACUGAGCAUCAGAGGAUCCACACUGGAGAGAAGCCAUACAAAUGCAAGGAAUGUGGGAAGGCCUUCACCCAGAGCUCCUCCCUCAUUAAACACCAGCGGUGCCAUACUGGGGAGAAACCCUAUAAAUGCAACCAGUGCGGGAAGUUCUACUCACAGGUGUCCCACCUCACCCGCCACCAGAAAAUCCACACGGGGGAGAAGCCCUACAAAUGUGCUGAGUGUGGCAAGGCCUUCUGUCACACUUCCUCCUUGACUCAGCACCAGACAAUCCACACUGGAGAGAAACCCUACAAAUGUAACGAGUGUGGGAAAACCUUCAGCCAUAGCUCGUCCCUGUCCCAGCACCAGCGAGUUCACACUGGAGAGAAACCCUAUGAGUGCUCUGAGUGCGGCAAAGCCUUCAGCCACAGUUCAUCCCUGACUCAGCAUCAGAGAAUUCACACUGGUGAGAAGCCCUAUGAGUGUAACGAGUGUGGGAAAGCUUAUACACAGAUUUCCCACCUUAUGAGGCACCAGAGUGUUCACAUGGGAGAAAAACCCUAUAUAUGUAAUGAGUGUGGAAAGGCUUUCAGUCACACCUCGUCCUUCACUCAACACCAGACAAUUCACACUGGUGAGAAGCCCUACAAAUGUAACGAAUGUGGGAAAACCUUCAGCCAGAACUCUUCGCUUACCCGGCACCAGAGGAUUCACACCGGGGAGAAGCCCUAUGAGUGUAAAGUUUGUGGGAAGGCCUAUACCCAGAUUUCCCACCUCAUCCAACACCAGAGGAUUCAUACCGGAGAGAAACCUUAUGAGUGCCGUGAGUGUGGGAAAGCCUUCAGCCGGAGCACCCACCUUAUCGAGCAUCAGAAAAUCCACACGGGCGAGAAACCCUAUAAGUGCAAAGAGUGUGGGAAAACAUUCAGUCACAACUCCUCCCUUACCCAACAUCAGAGAAUUCACACUGGCGAGAAACCCUACGCCUGUAAGGAAUGCGGGAAAGCUUUCAACCAGAGCAUCCACCUUAUUCAGCAUCAGAGGAUCCAUACAGGAGAGAAGCCCUAUAAAUGUAACAACUGUGGAAAAACCUAUACCCAGAUUUCACACCUUAUUCAACACCAGAAGGUACACACGGGUGGCAAACGCUAUGUGUGUAAGGAAUGUGGGGAGGAUUUCAGCUGGAGUUCACACCUGACUGAACACCGGAGACUUCACGCUGUGCAUGACACCUGCGUCUGCGAUGAUUUUGAGAAAGGCUUUGCGUGGAGCACACAGCUUGCUGAUAUUCAGAGAACUCCUGCUGACCAGAAAGCCUGAGAAGGUAGCAGAUGGGCGGUUCUGAUGCUGGGUAUGGUGUAGCCUUCAUCAGCACCAGUAACUUCCUCCCAGAGAAGAACCCUAACACUAUAUAUUUGAGAGAGUUGCUUCUCUCUUUCCUACAAGGACCUGGAACAGUUUAUCACCAGGUGGGACAGCUUCUGAUCAUUUUAGGAGCUCCCCCCCUAGAAUCUCAGCUUCCCCCCUAUUUUUCAGUCUUACGGCAUCCCCAGAGGGUGGUGUAAAUGGAACGUAACAUCAUCUGUUAUCUUUAAUAAGGUCUCUGUGAACUUUUUAAAUUUAGCGAUCAUUCAUUAAACUGGAGCUUGAAAAUUCGAGAAAAAAAACCCUGGGAAGAUUAACCCUUGAGAGUAAAAGUCUAUGUAGCUGAACAUCAACACUAGAUUUUAGUAUCCUUUAAAACUCUAGGCUACAAAUUUCAUGGCAAAAUCCACAUUUGGCUUAAACACAGUAUGUUCCACUAUUUGCAGCCAUUUUUAAAGCCUAUUUUUGGUGUCUUUCCCAUGUCCAGGAUUUAUGCUUUAUAAAGGAAUUGCCCUCUUAAGCAUCAUUUUCUGUUUUUAUUCAUGCCCAAAGGGAAGUUUUUCUUUCAUCAUAUUUUCAUCAUAAAAACAUAGUAUUAAAAAAGGGAAGAGGUAGUGCCUGGGUGGCUC